UUUUUCAAGCACAACACUGUUGCUGCAUUUGAAGGUUCGAUCAUGUCGACAACUGAAGUCAAGGUUCUGGGUUCAACGGGGAGCCCAUUCGUGAUGCGAGCUGUAAUAGCACUCAACAUCAAGUCCGUGGACUACGAGUUACUCGAACAGAAUCUGGUUGUGAAGAGCGAGCUUCUUCUCAAAUCCAAUCCUAUUUACAAGAAAAUCCCAGUUCUGAUUCAUGCUGAUAAGCCAAUAUGUGAAUCGCUAGUCAUUGUCCAGUACAUCGACGAGGUUUGGACCUGUGGUCCUUCGAUUCUUCCUUCAGAUCCCUAUGAUCGUGCCAUUGCUCGAUUUUGGGCAGCUUACCUCGACGAUAAGUGGUUCCCAUCUGUGAGAGUAAUAGUACUUACUGCUGAGGGAGACGAAGUGAAGAAAGAGACACUACAGCAAGUGGCUACAGGAUUGGAGCUCUUGGAAGAUGCAUUCCCCAAAUGCAACAAAGACGGCAAUUUCUUUGGGGGAGAACGUAUUGGGUAUCUCGACAUUGCACUUGGGUGCUUCUUGCCAUGUCUUAGGGUGAUCGAGAAGGUGCACAAUUUGAAACUGCUUGAUGAAGCCAAGACACCUAAUUUGUGCAAAUGGGCUGAGAGUUUUUGCUCUGAUGCUGCUGUCAAGGAUGUUAUACCUGAAACUGAUAAGCUCAUUGAGUUUGCUAAGGUGCUUAUAGCCAAAAUCAAAGCUCGUCCUUCCAAUUGAACAAGGGAGAUUAGGAAGUGUGUUUGUUGGAGAAACUAUUUUCUUUUAGAAAUACUAGUUGGUGUACGCCAGAGUUGCACACCAACUAUUUUUACUUUAAAAAUAAAAUAGAUAAAUUGGAUCAAUUUUCAUAUAUUACAUGAUGGUUAUUAAACUUUAUAGGACUCAUUUGUGCACUUGUUCUCUUGUUAGUGGACGGUUAUGCAAAGUGGCAGUGCUGAUAUGGAAUAAUUGUUAUGCUCAAAAUUUUUCUCGUAUUUUUAGGUUGUAUAAACUGAAUUACAUUACAUUUAAAAGCUGUAAUGUUUAACUUCAGUAAGUGAUUAAUAG